UCUGUCGCCGCCGCCCGGAAAUUUCUCUCGACAGCCUCUAAUGCACCAGACCGAUUUGCCUCGCCCAUGGCCCCGACACCAUUUGUCUGCACCAGCUGCGCCCGGGCCCUCCGAACAAAUGCGGUCGCUCGCACAAACGCACUUCCAAGACCGCGCCGUUACCUCUCACAAUCUGCCCCCGCUGCCACUGCCCCUCCCGCAGGCACUGCCGAAGCUUCUGGCUCGAGCUCCUCCGGAUGCCAAAGCAGCAAUGUGCCGGAUAGCCCGCCCAAUCCUUCUGGCUCGACCACCGACUCGGGGUCCGAGCCGGGCGCCAUGACGAGCCGCCUCGAGCAAGCGACCGAAGAAGCUCUGCUGACUGGUGGCCGCGCCGGGCGCCGGGCCAUCGAAGAAGCCGGCUUCAGUGAGGAGCUCAAGGCAAGGCUGCUCGACAAGGUGGCUGGCGCCCAGUUCCAGCACGAGCACUCGGGCGCGCUGGCGGAGGCUGGCAUUACCUCGCGCAUCCCGGACUCGGCGGGGCCGGGCACACGGGCCAUGGCGACAGCGCGGCCGUGGACGGGACAGGAGACGACCGAGGACGCGGUGCUGCGGAUGCUGGACGACGCGCAUAAGCCGCUGGCGCCGGGGCAGAGGGGGAAGGGCAAGCCGCCCGUGCCGCGGCCGGUUGACAUGCGGAUCCGCAGGGAGGUCGUCAUGACGCCCGGCCAGCGCGCGGCCGGCGCGCGGGACAAGGCGCAGGCGUAUGCGGGGAUGGGGCUGAAGGACAUCGGGCUGACCGAGGAGGAGAAGGAGGAGAUGAGGAGGGAGUUCCGGGAGCGCUUCACGCCGGGGUUCAGGGCCAUGCCCAGCACGCUGACGGGGCUGGCCUCGCUGGCCAACGAGCGGAUCGAGGACGCGAUCGCAAGGGGCCAGUUCAAGAACAUACCACGCGGCAAAGGGGUGGAGAGAGAUAGCAGGGCAGAUAACCCCUUCAUCGAUACUACAGAGUACAUCAUGAACAAGAUGAUCAAGCGCCAGGACAUUGUGCCGCCGUGGAUCGAGAAGCAGCAGGAGCUCAUCAAGGCGGCUGAGAACUUCCGCGGCCGCCUGCGCAACGACUGGAAGCGGCACGUGGCCCGCAUGAUCGCCUCGCAAGGCGGCACCCUCGAGCAGCAGAUGGCGCGGGCAAACGCCUACGCGCGCGCCGAGGAGGCCUGCAACCCGCGGCGGAGGGGGCCGGAGCAGAUCUCCAUCCCGACCAGCACGACCGACGACGCGGUCAAGCUCCACACCAGCGCUCCUUCCUCGCCCGGCCCCUCGCCGUCAUCAUCAUCAUCGUCAUCAUCGGCUUCCUCUUCUUCCUCACCCGCGUCGUCGACCUCACAAGAAGAAGAAGAAGCAGCCGCCGCCGACCGGUCCCUCCCGACGCGCCCGUUCCGCGACCCGGACUGGGAGGCGGCCGAGCGGUCGUACAUGACGCUGGCCAUCGACAGCCUCAACGCGCUCACGCGCUCCUACAACCUGAUGGCGCCCGAGCUGGCCCGCAAGCCCUACUUCUCGCUCGAGCGCGAGCUGCGCGCCUGCUUUGCUGACGUAGCCCCCCAAGUCGCCGACGAGAUCCGCGCCCGCGCCACCCGUCCGGCCCGCGACCUCGUCAACGACCACCCGUUCGGCGGCGGCGGCGGCGGCUGGGGUGCGGGGAAGAAGGGGGGUGGCCAAGGCUCGGGCGGAGGCGGGGGAGGCCUGGGGUCGUCGUUAUUUGGCGGCGGGUUCAGCUCAGGCAUCAGCGUCGAGGAGGGCAAGGAGAAGGAGUACGGAUUCCGGGAAUUCUGGCGGGAUCUGUUUGGCGGGCGGAGCAAGAGCAAGAAUAAGCAGGGGUAAGGAAAAAAGAAAAGGGAG